GUCUGUAGGGGACUGGGGGGAAGUAACUGCUGGGUUCAGUGAUGUUGCUCUGUAGGCAUUUACUGCUGACUUUGAAUACCUCUCCUGAGGUAUGAGUGAAAAUGGCAUAUGGAGUGUGUGAAUUUGUGGUGCUAUCUGCUGUCCAAGUCACUGCUAGAAGGGCUGUGAGAGGCUGAUUGUUGCUUCCUGUUUUGUCAGGCUUUAAAAAACGAGUUAAUUCCUGUAUUAACAGGGUCAGAAUUUACUGACUCAGCUGUGUUUAUGCAGCUUUUAGGAUUUUGCUCAUGCUCGUGUUGGCAUUGUAAUCCUCCUACAGAGUACCUGUGAUAGCAAAAAAGUCCAAAUUCAUUUGCAUACUGGUCUUUCAGCUAUAUAAAAAUAUAUGUAUAUAUACCCCAGUUUCAUUUUUAACCUUAUCCCACUCAACCUUUCCUUUUUCUGGAAAUGAUAAAUUAAUGAGCACUUACAGAAGUGGUAAGGUGUGAGGCCUUUUUCCUCAGCUCAGUAGUGUUUAAUGCCCUUUUGGAACAUAAAGUCAUAAUGAGAGAGGAAAAAGCGCCAAAUUCAAGGAAAAUCUUGUGCUCUCUUCAUGUUUUGGUUACAGUGUGCAGCUUGUCUGAGCUAGUUCAUGGCUCAAAAGGCUGUGGGAAAUAAUGUUAGUACCAGAGACUUAAGCUAUUGUCUUACUAGUUCUGUGCAGUGGUUCUCAAGGGAUCCAGGGAUCUCAAAAGGAAACUACAGAAAACAAACUCAUCUGUGCUGUUCAGUGAUUUGCCUAAGAAAAAAAAAUUCUCAUUUUUCUAUACCUUGACUGGAAAUUUCUUUUCCUUGUAGGAAUUGUUUUGUGAAAGAAAAAAAGGCUCUAAAAUCUCUUACUUCAUUCUGUAUUGCCAUAGAAGCCAUUCAGGACCAAGUGACAGUUUGUGAAUAGAAGUCUUUCUUUUUCUUGGUCUUGAAUGUCUUUCCGCUCCAGGGUGUAUGUCAUACCAUUCCAGUCUCCUUUUACAACACUUUUACAAAUAUGGUUUUCCUUCUCUGAGGAUAAAGUUAUGGCUGAAUUGGAUGAUAGUGACUUAGAUAAAACAACUAGUAUUCAGCAAGCAAUAGCAUCUUGUUUUGGAGCUAUAAUUACAUCAUUUUUUGUAGCUCCUCUUGAUGUUGUCAAAAUUCGAUUGCAAGCCCAAAGCAAUCCAUUCUCCAAAGGAAAGUGCUUUGUAUACUCCAGUGGCUUUAUGGAUCAUAUAUGUGUUUGUGAGAAUGGGGGCAGCAAAGCCUGGUAUAAAAAACCUGGACAUUUCAAAGGGACGUUGGAUGCAUUUGUGAAAAUCAUUCGAAUAGAAGGAAUUAAAUCACUGUGGAGCGGUCUUGCCCCGACACUAAUAAUGGCACUUCCUACUACAGUAAUCUAUUUUACAUGCUAUGACCAACUGAGUGAAGCUCUGAAAUCUAGACUAGGAAAAGAUGAUGAUCACAUUCCAGUUCUUGCAGGCUCCUUAAGUAGAUUUGGUUCAGUUACUGUAGUGAGUCCCCUGGAGCUGAUCAGAACUAGAAUGCAAUCUCGCCAGUUGUCCUACAAGCAACUGUACAUGUGCAUCAGCAAUGAAGUAGCUAGAGAUGGGUGGCUUUCACUGUGGGGAGGCUGGAGUUCUACGGUUCUUAGAGAUGUACCUUUCUCAGCAAUAUAUUGGUAUAAUUAUGAACGUUUCAAGAAGAGCAUGUGCAAGAAAGUUGGUACAAAUGAAUCAACAUUUUUUAUUGCUUUUACUUCAGGAGCAGCAUCUGGCUCUAUUGCAGCUGUCAUAACGCUACCAUUUGAUGUAGUGAAAACACAUAGGCAGACUGAACUUUGGGAAAGCGAGACCUUAAAGAUUCCACAGAGGAAGUGUACAUCUACAUGGGCAGUUAUGAAGAAAAUUGUCGCUAAAAAUGGAAUUACUGGAUUAUUUGCUGGUAUCAUUCCACGGUUGAUUAAAGUUGCUCCUGCUUGUGCCAUAAUGAUCACCACAUAUGAAUAUGGAAAGUCCUUCUUUCGUCAUUUAAAUGAACAAAAGAACCAGCGCCCUUAAGUCUCCUUCACCUGGUUGUGUGCAGUCAAAAUAUGUGGUGGAAGUUGUGCCAAAUUUGACUCUCCUCAGUGUAUGCCAGCAUUCCCAGUGAAUUGCAGCCAUUACAUUUG